AUGCAGGCUCCAGUCUUGGUCAUGAACACCCAGGGUGGUGAGAGGCAGACCGGGAGGAAAGCUCAACUGUCGAACAUUGCUGCGGCCAAAACUGUCGCCGACAUUAUCAGAUCAUGCUUGGGGCCCAAGGCGAUGUUGAAGAUGCUCCUGGACCCCAUGGGUGGCAUUGUCCUUACCAAUGAUGGCCAUGCCAUCCUCCGAGAGAUCGAGGUGUCUCACCCUGCCGCAAAGAGCAUGAUUGAGCUGAGCCGGACACAAGACGAGGAGGUGGGAGAUGGCACGACGACAGUUAUCAUUCUAGCCGGUGAAAUACUUGCCCACGCCCUACCCCAACUAGAGCGAAACAUCCACCCGGUCGUCAUCAUCUCUGCCUUCAAGCGCGCAUUGAAGGAUGCACUUGAGAUUAUCGAGGAUAUCUCCCUCCCCAUCGAUGUCAAGGACGAUAAGGCCAUGUUCAACCUGAUCUCAUCCUCUAUCGGCACCAAGUUUGUCUCGAGAUGGUCCGAGCUCAUGUGCAGCUUGGCCCUGAAUGCGGUGCGAACAGUGACGUGGGAUACUGGCAACGGCAAGCGGGAAGUUGACAUCAAGCGAUAUGCGCGUGUUGAGAAAGUUCCUGGCGGGGAGAUCGAGGAUAGCAGAGUCCUGGACGGUGUCAUGUUGAACAAGGACAUCACCCAUCCUAAGAUGCGACGGAGGAUCGAGAACCCCAGAAUCAUUCUUUUGGACUGCACCCUCGAAUACAAGAAAGGAGAGUCACAGACAAACAUUGAGGUCACGAAGGAGGAAGACUGGAACCGCAUCCUGCAGAUUGAGGAGGAGCAGGUGAAGGCCAUGUGCGACUCGAUUCUCGCUCUGAACCCCGAUCUUGUCAUCACUGAGAAGGGAGUGUCUGAUCUUGCGCAACAUUACCUGGUGAAAGCCAACGUGACUGCCCUUCGCCGUGUCCGCAAGACGGACAACAACAGGAUAGCACGGGCCACAGGUGCUACUAUCGUCAACCGGGUGGAGGACCUGCAAGAGUCCGACGUGGGCACCCAGUGCGGCCUCUUCGAGAUUGAGAAGAUUGGAGAUGAAUACUUCACCUUCCUCACCAAGUGCGAGUCUCCCAAGGCAUGCACCAUCCUCCUGAGAGGGCCCUCGAAGGACAUCUUGAACGAGGUUGAGCGGAAUCUUCAGGAUGCCAUGGGUGUAGCUCGCAACGUCAUGUUCCACCCGAGACUAUCACCAGGCGGAGGUGCAACUGAGAUGGCCGUCUCGGUGAGACUUAACCAACUCGCCAAGAGUAUCGAGGGCGUCCAGCAGUGGCCGUACAAGGCGGUGGCAGAGGCACUCGAGGUCAUCCCAAGGACCCUGGUUCAGAAUGCCGGUGCCACGCCCGUCCGAGUCUUGACCGAGCUGCGUGCCAAACACGCUGAGGGCAAGAGCACGUGGGGCAUCAACGGCGACACCGGCGUGCCAGUAGACAUGAAGACUUACGGAGUGUGGGAGCCCCAGGCCAUCAAGGUCCAGAGUAUGAAGACUGCAAUUGAGGCCGCCUGUCUCCUGCUGAGAGUUGACGAUAUCUGCAGCGCUAAGAAGGCGCAGCCGGGAGUUGGGACUGGAGUCGGUGGCGGUGAUGAUUAG